GGUUACCAUGGCGACUACCCGCUACGUAAUGUUGUUAGUUACACUCGCUGUCGCAAUCUAGGUUUUGUUUGACAUACUUCCAGUUUAUCAUCACGUUUAUUUAUGUUUACCAAAUUACGUUGAAGCGUUUCAGAAUGACUAAAUUGUUUUGUCAGCAUAAAGAGAAUCAGUUGGAGGUCGAGUAAUGGAAUGUGCUCCAGCCCCCAGAUCAGAUCAUCCUGUGGACAAAGUCAAAACCUCUGAUUUCUACAGGACUUGUAAACUCCCCAAGAGAUUUGACUAUCCACAAAUAUUCACCAACUACGGGUGCCACAAGCGUCCCGCCGCCCACCCGUUCUAUGUGACCACGUCCUCGGACUACGGGUUCUACCCGCCCAGCCAUCACACCGUGCCCACCUGCUUCUACCCCAGGAACCAGGCCUUCUCCGGGGCCCUCGCUAAAGCGGGAAUGUACAGAAACUUCUCGCUCAAUGUCUGACCACUAUGGCGGAGGGACGCAUUCAAAUUAACUGUAGAAAAUUAGGCAUGACUUGUUUUCGGAUUCAACAAUUUUACUGUUUUUAUGUAAUCGCACAAAUAUAAUUAUUUAUUUCGAUUGUUUA